UUUUUUGGUUCCUCUAGAGAGGCACGCAACACUUUAAGGCAUUAAGGAAGAAAAGAACCCUGUGAAAGCACUACCUUCACGCAGAGAGCUUUGAUAAUAUAUAUAUAUCAACUUUGUCGCCUUUACCUACUGCUGUCGCCAUCAACAAACUUACAAUGCCUUCGAUUGGUCCUUCCUUCUUUACUCUGGGUGUCGUUAUGGUUACUGUCAUAUCAGCACAGCCAACAACAAUGAUUACCACUACCACAGAAAUCAAUGAUCAAAACAGCAGCAUGACCGACAAUAUCACUCUAAGUGGUUUUACCACUGAACCAACUUCCCACACCCCCAACAGUACCAGCAACAUCACCAGUAUGUUUAAUGGCACUACCAUGAGCAUCAACAAUACCAGCACCUUCACACCAGGGACAACAAAGAAAGGUAAUGAAAGUUCUACAACUGCCACAAUGACCACGCCUAUGGCCUUAUCUCCUUCUCAAAGUGCCAUGUCUACCACCACAAAGGGAAAAACCACCACAACUGCCACACCACUACAAUCUUCAGGCGACAAGACUGGCAUUAUCGUCCUUGUCGUGAUCAUCAUCAUAGCUGUUGUGUUUUUAAUUGCCUGCUUAUUCGCAAAGAAGAGAGGAAGGCGCUACUCUGUUGACUUUAACUCAAGACCGGAUGAUACCAACAUCCCUCUCAGCACCAUGCAGCCUGAAAUGACUGCUGAUUCUGCAUCUCAGAACGGUCUGAAAACCUUUGAAAGUACAGAAGCUUCUGCAAAAGAAGCUCAAGAACCAGAGACAAAACCUUUAGUACAGGAGGAGCAAAAAGCUGAGGCUGAUAGGUCUGCUGGUGAUCUAAGCGCUGAGUCUGCAGCUCCUGCUCCAUCUGCAGGUAGCUCUGAAGGCAAAUCCAAAGAGGAAGUCGUUGAGCAGAGUCCUCCCGCACCUGUGGAGCCGAAAGUGGAAGAGAAAACUGACGAUGAAGGCGACAUCUCCAACAAGACCUCAGUGGAAUCACUGAAGGAGACAAAUGAGAACAACAGCAACAAUGCUGACGUGACUCAGAGGAAAGAUUGGAAAUUGGCUAACAUCUUUUGGGAUGUUUCCCUGGACAGCCCGGUGUGAUACAUAAUUGCCUUUCUGUGCCUGCUCUGGUCUUCAGACACAUGAUCGAAGAAUGACUCAUAAACUCAAGUGGCCGCAGCGGAAGAAGAUGCUUCUGUUCAUACUGUGUGAGAAAUUUAUUUUGCCUAGUCCAUGGACACAAAUUAGUUGUAAAACAGCAGCUUCACAGCUAACUUUCAAGUUAUAUAUCAGCUGAGCUCAACUUUUUAUUGAUUUCACAGAAAAGAAUUGUGUUGUAUUAUGUAACGUUUUACUAGAUUUUUGGUAUUUUGAUGUGGUAUACUUAUCAUUUUUUAAAGAUGUUAUUGAUGGCCUUCUAAAUGGUUGGUAAAUAAUGUAAAUACAUUAAUGUUAGAUUACCGUAAAAACUGGUAAAUAAAACACACCUUUAAUUAAAAAAAAUUUAAUUUAAUGAAAUUUCAGCUAAUGAAAAUAUGCUAUUUUACCCGUUACUGCUGUAUGUUGUACAGAGAAAUACAAUUAAAAAGCCAGAAGGGUUCACAGACAGGUGCUGAUUCAGUGUGUUGUUCAGAAAUAUUUUGGGACACUAGUUGCUGUGAUGUUUCAAUAUGAUGUUGAAGUGCAAUGUGCAAAAGUGCACAGAUGAGCAGCUUUUAUUGCACUGUGGCAGAGACACACCAUAUGAGCAUAGAUCUGAAGAAUAAAAGAUUCACUAACUUUGUUGUUUUUCCACUGGAUAAAACAGAGGAUGAUGCUUUAUUUGAUUCUGGGAUUAACACAGAGUCCGAGGAUAGUGUGAUUGGUGAGCCUUACAGAGACUUGGGCGCAAUAUUUGAAUCCGAACCCGGUCUGAGUUAAUAUACCGGUCCCAUUCAGGUAAGCAAAUCAUUACCGGACCAUUAACCCGACACACAGUUUCAGAUUUAAUGUGUGUGUGUGGAGUAACUUGUAUAAACCUAUGUGUUUAUAAAUGAAUAACUACUGGUGCAUUCAAAUAAACCAGUCUUUACUAGAAAAGAAUUUUUCCCAGCAUGACACCCCCCAAAAUAGACUGCGUCUUAUACACCGGUGCAACUUAUUAACCUUUUUUUACGGUAAUCAUGCUGUUACAGUGUAGUGCAAGUGUAAAUAGAUAGAUUGAUAAGAUUGUGCAUUGUGCAGUGUAUUAUAUUUUUAAAUGUGGGCCCGCAACCAGGCAAUAUUUCUCGUUAUUUUAUUAAUGUAUUUUUUGGAAAUUAUUUCUCAACUAUUACAAUAAUGAUCAUGAGAAUAAUAUAAGUCAGACUUCAUUUGUUUUUGUUUCAAUUCCCAGUAUGAUACAAUUUUAUUUUGUGGAUACUGCAUUUAACUUUUCAAUGUUCUUCCCCUUCCCUGUCAGCUAAUUUCAAUGUAUUAAAUUCUUUUAAAAAUGAA